AUGAACAAUUCAAUUUCCUCUUAGUAAAUUGAACCCAAGAACAAACCUGUCAUGCAGGAUCAAUCGAACAUCUUCUAGGUGGAAAAGAGAUCAACUUCAAAGAUGUUUUGGAAUAAAAGAGUCAUUCAACUAUCAAAUGGUAUGCUUAGUUAUUUCAAGGUUCCAAAAUGUAAGCCAAUAAUUUGAUUUAUGAUAAAUAGAGAUGAACGACUUGUAGAAGAUGUAACCCAAGAUAUCUGUGAUAAUAGAGAAUAUUUUAUACAUAGGACCACCAGAAAAGGCAAAAAAGUAGAAUUCGAUUGAAAUAACAUUCAUGGCAAAGGAUGCAAUAUUCCCAUCUAAAAUGAAGAAUAGGAGCACCAACAUGAGUGUUAAUAGCAGUUAUGGAAGAGACUUGAUGGCUGCUCAAUAACCAAUAGUAAUUACGAAGAAGAAGGAAAUCAUCAUAUGGGAAAUAGCUUUUUCCAAACCUGACAUUUUGAAAGAGUUCACUCACAUAAUUGAUAAGGUUAAGCAUCCUGAAAAAUACCCAUAAUAAGAUCAACAAUAACAGAGCUAAAUUUAGUAGUAAUUACCUUAAUAGCCAUCAAUGGUGCAAUCUGAGACAGCAAAGUAAAAGAGCAGUAUCUAAUAACAACAAGACACUAAUGAAAAGGAGAAUUAAUAGAAAGAAGUCCAAUAGAAAGAAGCCUAAUAGAAUUAAUAAUAGGUUGAUAAAUAGAGGUCUGAAGAAUAGCAAAAGUAGGAGGAGCUAUAAAUAUAAUAACAAAAAGAAAAGGAAAAGGAGACUCACUAGUCAGAACUUAGGAGUAAAAUAGAAAAAGAAUAAUAAUUAGAGGAGGAAAAUUAGAUCUUGUAGAAGAAGGCAGAGGAACAAUCGAGAUAAGAUUAAACAGUUUUGAAUAAGGAAGAAUCCAAAAAAACUAUGGUGAGGAAUAGAAUCAAGACAGCUUGGAAUUAUAAUUAUUUAUAAGCGAUAGAGCUAGCCAAUAUGAAGGAUCCAAAAACUAUUGAGGAAUGUAUCACAAACAGUUUUGUGUUGCAUGAAUCCAUAGGGAGAAUGAGAGAUCAUGCAAUAGAUGUUUGUUAAACCAUUAUUGAUGAAUUAUGUUUGCCUAAUUAAAUGAAAACCAUAAAACCUACAGAUUGUUUAAAUGAGGACAAGUACAUUAUGUACAGUCAUCAGGAUAAUACUAUUGAUUUUGGUGAUGAUUUCUAUUGUUACGAUGGGUUAUUCAUCAAAUUAUCAUUUUGCCAAUUGAAAUCUCAAGAAAUCCACACUUAACAAGGUAAAUAGGAAAUCUAAAUUUAUGAAGAGUCUUAACUUAAGGCCUUGGGAAAUGGUAAAUAUUGUUAAUAUCUAAGAUAGAAUUUCGGUAUCUAUCCCUAUUAGCUGAAUAGAUUGAACUCUUAAUUUAGGAAGAAUCCAAUUACCCUUUAAGAGUCCCAUUGUCAUGCAUAGUAGACUACAAAGGAGUCAGAGCCUUUGUAAUGGCAGUUCCUCCAAUUGAUGAUUCUACUUUAAUUCAUGGUCCAACAUUAGAUGGCUAAUUUAUUACGAAUAAUGCCAUCCAGCAAUAUAUGAAUUCAAUUAGCAUCAGAUUAAAUCUUAAAUAACAUAAAUUCUUUGAGGAUGAGAUGAUUAGCAAUGUGAUACCAAUGAGUCUAUUUUAAGAAGUUCACAAGAUUAAUAAAGAGUACAUUGAAUUAAGGUGGAUUGAAAAUGAAUAGAAUAUCAAUGAAUUCCCUCCUCAGAAUCUUUCCUUGUAUUAUCUAUUAAAAUGUGGAGACUUGAUGCCUGUCAUACUCUAAGAGAAUGUACAAAACACCUCCAGAUUGAGACCAGAAUUUGUAAGAAGUUGGAACAAACCUUUAAAUUCAGAUGCAUAUUUGAAAUAGAUCAAACUCUCUGAAACUCAAGCAGAUUAUAAUGAAUUAAAGUAAGCAACCAAUUUCCUCCAAAAUUAACUAUUACAUGAUCUGAUAGGUAAAUUUGAAUCUCUUGAAUAUUUACCACUUGAUUCAACUCAAUUGAGUGAACAAUUACAUCAAUCUGGUAUCAAUAUUAAAUAUAUUGGUAAAAUUUGUUAGAUGUGUUCAGUAUAACACAUAAAAGAUCUCUGUAUUUGUGAUAUGAUCAGCAGAGUAUGUAAGAAGGUGCUAAGAAAUAAUGCAGCCGAUCUAAUGAAGAAUCUGAAAUAUCAGUUAUCUUAAAAAUUACAGAGUGAUCAAUCUAACAUUUUGGAGUUUUCAAUGAUUUAGGAAUUAAACACCAAAGAAGUAUAGGAUAGCAAAAUAGUCUUAGAAUUAUCAUCCAAAUUGAUAAAUGAAAGUUGUCUUGACUUUUUGAAUCUCCUUUUGGGUGUUGGAAAAGAAUCUGACAUAUUUUGGAUUUAAAUCAUAUAAAAAUAGAUUUGGUAUGAUUACUCAUACAAUCUUGAUGUUACAUCCAGAUUUUCAAUGCAAUACAAAGGAAUGCUGCUCUACUCUCUGCAAUAACAGUGCGAUAUAUCCAUUGCUAUUUCUCCAGCCUUAAUGAAUGGAAUGUUUAAGGAACCCUUUCCCUUGAAGGAGAAACCUUAAUUCAAUGUCUAAUAGAAGGCCUAUCUGUUGAACACAUCGAAAAUAGCUCGAAAAUCAAAGAGAAAAAACAUCAUGAAUUAAGAAUAAAUAUUUCAAUCUAUCAAAUGGUCUUUGGAGUUGUGUCUACUACGAAAAGAAGGAGAUGAUAUGUUUGCUAACCUAUUAUGCGAGGAAGGUUGUGAGAAUGCUAAUAAAGCUCUGUGUUUCACUAAACCUGGCCAUCCAAGUCAAAUCAAACCACUUUUACAAAUCAUCCAAAUGAACAUGAACAAUCUAGACACUGCACUGUAAUACUUUGAAUAAGCUCUCUAAAUCCUUGAUUCCUACUUCGGAUCCACUCAUCCUUAUUAUUUUAUGAUCUACUCUAUCUUUGGACAUUAUCUAAUGGAAAAUGGAUAUUUCAAUGACGCUCUGAAUCUAUAUGGAACUGCCUUACAGUGUGCUAUUCGCUUAUUUUAGACUCAUUAAUGCAUCGCUGAUAUCUAUGCAGACAUAGGUCAAUUGUACUUUUUUAGAAAAGACUGCAGCAAUGCAUCCAUCAAUUACAACAAGGCUGUCUCUAUUUAUGAGAAAUGCAAUCAAUAUCAGUCAAUCAAAUAUGCCAAUAUACUACUACUUUAAGGCUAAUUGCUCUAAAAUCAAUAGGAACAUGAGUAGGCAGCUUAGAGGGUUGAGGCUGCUAUCGAUAUUUUGUAAUAAUUUGAAUAUUCAUAAACAGAGCUCUUAAUGGAGGCAAUCAAACUACUAAUACAGAUUUGCAAUUCUUAGAAUAAGCAGAGCAAAUCCAACUAAUUAGGUUUACAACUCCAACUACUGUAGAUGAGACACUCUAUUAUGCAAUGA